AUGCGGCUCACAUCACUGGACACAGCUGCUCCACAGGCUCACAUCACUGGACGCAGCUGCCCCACAGGCUCACAUCACUGGACACAGCUGCCGCACAGGCUCACAUCACUGGACACAGCUGCCGCACAGGCUCACAUCACUGGACACAGCUGCCGCACAGGCUCACAUCACUGGACACAACGGCCCCACGGGCUCACAUCACUGGACGCAGCUGCCCCACGGGCUCACAUCACUGGACGCAGCUGCCCCACGGCCUCACAUCACUGGACGUGGCUGCCCCACAGGCUCACCUCACUGGACACAGCUGUCCCACGGGCUCACCUCACUGGACACAGCUGCCCCACAGGCUCACAUCACUGGACGUGGCUGUCCCACAGGCUCACAUCACUGGACACAGCUGCCGCACAGGCUCACAUCACUGGACACGACUGCCCCACAGCCUCACAUCACUGGACACAGCUGCCGCACGGGCUCACAUCACUGGACAUGGCUGCCCCACAGGCUCACAUCACUGGACACAACUACCCCACAGGCUCACAUCACUGGACGCAGCUGCCCCACAGGCUCACAUCACUGGACGCAGCUGCCCCACGGGCUCACAUCACUGGACGCAGCUGCCCCACGGGCUCACAUCACUGGACGCAGCUGCCCCACGGGCUCACAUCACUGGACACAGCUGCCCCACGGCUCACAUCACUGGACGCAGCUGCCCCACGGGCUCACAUCACUGGACACGGCUGCCCCACGGGCUCACAUCACUGGACGCGGCUGCCCCACGGGCUCACAUCACUGGACGCGGCUGCCCCACGGGCUCACAUCACUGGACGCGGCUGCCCCACGGGCUCACAUCACUGGACGCGGCUGCCCCACGGGCUCACAUCACUGGACGCGGCUGCCCCACGGGCUCACAUCACUGGACGCAGCUGCCCCACAGGCUCACAUCACUGGACGCGGCUGCUCCACGGGCUCACAUCACUGGACACAAUGGCCCCACAGGCUCACAUAUCCCUCUGA